GAUCUGUGGAUAUGUUAGUGUGUUGAUCUGAAUGCGUUCUGUUACAUAAGGAGAGGGAAUACUGGGAAAAGAAUUAUGUUGAAACUGACACUGCCUGGAAGUUAAGGUAGCUUUGUGGGGGUUCCUUUGUAGGUUGGUCAACCACUUUCCUAAAUUUCUUCAGUAAAUUGUGCAUUCUAUAGUUUUGUUGUCUCAGAUGUAAAUUUAAAAAAAUUGCUAAAUUUGUGAAACAUGCUCAUUAAAAACGUAUACAUAUUUUUCUCUAUGUAAAACAAUACUGAUCACUAGAACUGAAUGGUGUCUUUUGUUGUUGUUGUAAACCAAUGUAUUUCAAUUAAAACAAUUUGUAUGCAUUUAAAAUUAUAGCUUGUUACCAGUAUGUGUGAACUUCAUUUUUGUUGAAACGAUACAUGCUUCUGCAGUUGUUGAUGUUAUUAAACAGUUUUCUGAAAUGAUUACCAAAUGACAUGUAGAAAGAGAUUAAAAUCAUAAUGUGUGUGAAAUCAUAUAGUGAUCUCAGCUUUACGUAAGAAUACUUUUUUGCUCAUAAUCACAAUAAUAAUCAUGUUUAGCUCAUAUAUAUUUGUAGCAGCAGAUUUCCCCCCUGAAAUAACUGAUAUUCCCUAACCAUCAUCUGGCAGUAGUAUAUAUACAUAGUACUGUGAUUCACCCCACAAUCUCUGUAACCUGACCCAGUCCCCAUACAAGAAUCCUUUUUUUGCUAUGUUUAGCUCAUAUAUAUUUGUAGCAGCAGAUUUCCCCCCUGAAAUAACUGAUAUUCCCUAGCCAUCAUCAGGCAGUAGUAUAUAUAUAUACAUAGUAAUGUGAUUCACCCCACAAUCUCUGUAACCUGACCCAGUCCCCGUACAAGAAUCCUUUUUUGCUCAUAAUCACAAUAAUAAUCAUGUUUAGCUCAUAUAUAUUUGUAGCAACAGAUUUCCCCCCUGAAAUAACUGAUAUUCCCUAGCCAUCAUCAGGCAGUAGUAUAUAUACAUAGUACUGUGAUUCACCCCACAAUCUCUGUAACCGGACCCAGUCCCUGUACACCCAGCCAACAUAACGCUACCCCAGCAUGACCUUUACUGACCUUAUCUUGUUAUCUAAAGAGGGAUAUAAGCUAACACUGAAGUGAAAGAGGAGCUGACACUGUAAACAAGAAGCACUGAAGUAGUUUGUUUACCUGGAUGGGCCGUAUACUGCACUAUGGACGGCAGGGCACACAUUUAUAUGGCUUUAAUGAUUGUAAUGUUAAAUAUUUGUAAGGGAGAGAAAAUACUUCUUUUCCCAUUCUCACAGAUAUUUAACUCAAGAACCAUGAAUGUAGAGAAAAUCGCUAUCUUGCUAAGGGACAAUAAUCAUUCUGUCAGUAUGUUGGUCAGUGACCAUUACCAGCCAAGCAGGAAUAUAGACAGUGUGCAUUUGAUUCGGUACAAAAUGCCGGAGGUGUGGAUCAACCAAGGCGGAGAGCUGGACUUGACCACUGCUCUCAGCUACAUUGACCAGCCAGCCAUCCCCCUCCUCAGAGACACAGACAUCAUGGAGUUUACCCUGUGUGAUGCUUUAUUUGGAGACCAAACCUUAAUUCAGAGUCUGAAACAGGAAAACUUCUCCCUCUAUUUCUUUGAUUUUGUAAACUUUGGUCCAGGGAUAUUCCUGAAUGAAUACUUACAGGUGCCGUCCAUUGCCUACUCUAACUAUGGGUUCUGGAACUCGUGGUGGGUCUUCCACCAGCCCAUCUUCUACUCUUACAUGCCAUUUCCUUUGGGCAGCCUGUCAGAUCACAUGACUUUCUGGGAACGAAUCCAAAACAUUUACGACCACUGGGAAGGCAUGAAGUGGAUGAACGACAAAAUAGAAGAUUUAGAGAGAAAAAGAUGGGAAUAUUUUCCCAACGAGAAGUGGCCCCACAUGCGACAUGCUUUUGAACGUGUUUCGCUGGUCAUUGCAGCCAAUGUCCAUUUUGCUUUUAAUUACCCAUGCCCUGUCAUGCCUCAUGUCAAACCCAUCCCUGGUCUCCUGUGGACACCACCCCAACCUCUGCCUCAGUAUUACAGUGACCUGGUCUCCUGGGCUGAUCACGGCAUUGUUCUCAUGAGCUUUGGUACCUUGGUUCCAACCAUGCUUGAAGAAAAAGCAGAACUUUUUGCCAGAGUAUUUGCCAAACUUCCCCAGAAGGUUCUGUGGCGCUACAAGGGAACACCUCCCAAAUCCCUGGGCAGUAACACCCACCUGGUAGAAUGGUUCCCCCAGAAUGACCUCCUGGCCCAUCCUGCCACCAGACUGUUCAUCAGCCACUGUGGAGUAAGCAGUACCUGGGAGAUGCUGUACCAUGCUGUCCCUGUGGUCGCCAUUCCUCUGCUGUUUGACCAGCAUCACCACGCCAGAAUACUAACAGACAGGGCUGGGGUAGGAGUGAGACUGGUCUUCAGUACUUUGACUGAGGACACCCUGGAGAUGGCCAUACGCAGUGUUCUGGAGAAUAAAGUGUUCAAGGAAAAUGCUGUUAAGCUCUCAGAGCUCCUCAAAGACACCCCCAUGUCUGGGCAAGAUGAACUGUUAUAUUGGAUAAACUAUGUCAUACGCCACAAUGGCUCCAGUCACUUUCACUCACAAGCAGCUUACAGACUGAACUGGGUCCAGUAUUUCUUACUGGAUGUCGCAGCCCUCAUGGCUGUGCUUGCUUUCACUGUUAUUCUUGCUGUUGUUCUUAUGGUGGUAUUUGUGUAUAAGUUGUCCAAGAGCAUACUGCCUUUACUUUUUAAGAAGAAACUGAAGACUGCAUGAAUGGUGAAGAGAGUUCCUGGGUCCAGUGGACGCCUGCACAAGACAAAAGACGGCACGUGGGAGUGGUCAGAUGAUGACCUGGACG